AGCCAAUGGCCUGAAGCCGUCGCCGCUGCUAGCUCGUCUCCUCUCAUUACCGUCACUUCUAAACAUGCCCAUCAUGUUCGCAGUUGUGGACUUUAUUUUGUGUCUCGCGUGUUAAUUUCCGUUACGAUGAGCAGCCUCUGCAGAGAGGUGAUCACCCUCCAGCUCGGACAUUACUCCAACUUUGCGGGAACUCACUGGUGGAAUUUACAGGAUGCAUCUUUAUCGUACGAUCCGGAGACACCGCCAGGUGAGAUCCAGAGUGAUGUCGUGUUUCGUGAAGGACAGACUCUGGGCGGCCACGUCACCUACACACCACGACUCAUUGCCAUGGAUCUCAAAGGAAGUCUUCGUACUCUGCGACAGGAGGGAAGUUUGUACGACGCAGGCAAGGACACGUCUGCUGUCACAUGGGAUGGAAGUAUCAUGAUGCACGAACAAAGUCCUCCUGCAAAGAACUCCUUCCUCGAAGACCUUGAUAAGUUGGAUAAAGGGGAGAUGCUCGCAGAGGCAUAUUUUCCCUCCAGCGCCCAGCCUCAGUGCUCAGCAGCAGGGUCACUGAGUGUGGAUACGGUGAAUAGCCACCUGGCUAGAGUACAGAAGAGCUACAGGCUGGAGGGCAGCGUGAAGGUGUGGUCUGACUUCCUCAGGAUCCACCUGCACCCUCGGACCAUCUCGGUCAUCCACCAGUACAACCAUGAUGGAGAGGCUCACCGUCUGGAGGCUUUCGGCCAGGGCGAGUCUCUCCUCCAGGGGUCUGUGCUCGAGGAGCUGGAGGACAGGCUGCACUUCUUUGUGGAGGAGUGCGAUUACCUUCAGGGCUUCCAGGUGCUGUGUGACUUGGCUGAUGGCUUUGCAGGUCUGGGGUCGAAGGUGACUGAGCUGCUUCACGACUCUUACGGAGGGAGGGGCAUCCUAACCUGGGGGAUGUUACCUGUCAGUCACCCAGAUUCAACGCCAGUGAAGGAUCUCUACCGCCUGCUAAACUGCACUUUAGGGAUGGUACACAUGGCGAGUCACAGUUCUUUGUUCUGCCCGUUGACCUUGCGAGGUGGUCUGGGGAGACGACCGUCCUCUCCCACGACGUUCACCCACCUCAAUUAUGAUCCCUCACUGUGGUACCACUCCAGUUCUGUCCUGGCUUUGGCAUUGGACACCCUUACUGCACCUUACAGGCUGAGAAACAACAGCGUCCCCAUGUGGCAGUUGGCAGAUGACCUGGCUGUAUCAGGGAGGAAGGUUGUGGCUGCUUAUGGUGCCGUCCCCUUUCCCAUGAUGCACGGCUCCUCUCUCCCUGACGCCCUGAGCACAUACACCGACGUACUGCCGUGGAGGCCUCUGUCUGGGUGCGCUGAAGCAGGAGACGGCCGAUGCUACGGCCAGUGGGCGACACUCAAAGGCUUCGAAGGCCAGAAACUCAUCAGCUCGCUGGCUGCAGGAACUAAACUGCCCACUCCUCUGCACAGUCUCCACAGCGGUGAGGACGUCCUGGCUUCCUACAUCAGAUCCUUCUAUCCUUCAGCCCCUCUGGCUCUGCAGCUGGUUUCUACUCCCAGUAAGCUGGCGCCACCUUUCCCACAGAUAUUCAGUCAAUCCCUCGGUGCUCAGGGCUUCCUGGAGGGCCAGCCGCCCCCGCCUGGCAGUCCGCCCCGUGUCGUCUCCUCCGUACCCAUCAUGACUUCCCUCCAGUCGGGUCCUGCGCUUGAUCCCUGGCUAUCCGAGCUGCAUCGCGGUGCGAGUGCUUUCGACAUCCGCCGUGUUGCCCCCAGCUUCCUUUCUCAAGGGCCUGAAGUGACAGACUACCAGGAGGCCCUGGAGCAGCUGCGCCUGCUGGCCCGGUGUUACAGAGACGACAGCAGAGGCGUGAUGCGCUCUUCCUCCGAGGAAGAGGACGAUGACUGAAGUUGGCUAGCACAACUUGUAUCUGCCUGCUUUGUUUGCCAGCCUGCUUGCUGUCAGCCUGAUGCAGGGAGACGGAGAGGAGCUGUGCUCUGCUGUGUGAAAGGAUGAGGACUGAAGUACUGGGUGACAGAGAAGAUGACGUUCUGCCCGUGUAGUUUAGUUUUCAGUGAAGACUUUCGACUGUACUUCAAUGACUGUUCAUAUGUAAUUAAAAGUGUUUUAUACAAAAUGCACAUCAUAGGACUGUAUUUACACAAAGACGUAGCUUUCACCACAGGUUGCACAGAUUGUAGCAUUCACAGCUCUCAGAGCAAAGAAAGGGAUUCUUUGUUUGUUUGUUUUCUGCGGCCUCAAAUGAACAGUAAACUGUUGAACAUGC